UGUAUUCAACUAAGCUCAACAAGUUUCCCAUCUUUAAUUUUGAUGAUGACCUCAAGUACCUGUGUGUCAGUGCUGUGAGCCCCAACAUCACCAAGGCCACCCUCUGUGCUCUCAACGUGUGGAGAUACUGGUGCAUGACCAAAGGACUCAGAGAUUGCACGGACAUCACUAAGAUCUCAGCAGUGAAGCUCAGUGAACUCCUGGAGGACUUUUACAUCACUGUGAAGAAAAUAGAUGGGUCUGACUUUUUAGCCACAUCCCUCCACACUAUCCAAUGAGUCCUGGACUGGAUCCUCAAGAAUGCUGGUGCUGGUUUCUCCAUCUCCAGCAGCACCUUCAGCUCUUCCACCAGAAAGCUCAAGGAGAAGCUUAAGGUCCUGAGCAAGGCUGGGAUGUCUGGUACCCGCUCUUGCAACAUUAUCUACUUCUCCCUUUCUGAUGAGGAAGAGAUGUGGAGGACAGGAUGCCUGGGAGAUGACAGCCCCGUAGCCCUGCUGUCCACAGUGGUGAAAUACAGCAGCCAGUACCUGAACAUGCAAACCUUACAGGAGCAUGUGGACUUAAUGUUUGGUGACAUUGAAUUGCUCAAAGACUCCCAGAACAGGCCAUUUUUUGCCAGAACAGAUAGCAUGAAGCAAGAAAACAGGGUGAACACGAACAGAGUGUGUUACAACCAGAUCUACCAUGAGCAGUCAGAAGGGCACAAGCUUUGCCCGUACUGCCUCCUCUACAAGUACAUGUACGUACACCGGCCGCCAACGCAGAUGGAGGCCAAGUUUCCCUUCUACCUGACAGCCCGGAAGAAGGUGAGCAGCAUAGGGAAUAUCUGGUAUGAAGAGCAGAGGAUGGGGCUCUGCUCCCUCAGGUGUGUCAUCCCCAAGCUGGCAAAGAAAGUAAAGCUGGAGCACUGUGAAAAUUUUACUUUUGUCUCCUUCACUCAGGCUUCCAGGAAGUUUGUCCCUCUUAGCGCCUACCAAUAA